ACACAAGAUCAAGUACACUACAGCUUUAGCCAACGCCCCGCACACUCACGCUUUCCAGUCUUAGCUGCCACUCUGUGACAGUCCGACACAGUCAGGAAGUUCGCGAAGAAGUUGGGCUGCGUCAAAGUUGACGGACUAAAACAAUAACUACGUUUUCAUUUAGUCUUUUAACAGAAUCGUCUUUGAGAAGGUUUGCUAAUACGAUUAGGCUUCAUAUUUGAAUACAUACACAUCUGCAGAAUGGCAGAAACUGAGGGAAAUGCGUUCGGAGGCUGUUUGGAGAAACUAAAGAGCUAUGUGCGAACUCGAAAGGGAACGAUCCUGGCCGCUGAAAUACUCCUGAGUUUCAUCGUCCUCAUCUGUUACGCCGCAUCUAUGUAUGGCGGCUAUUCAGCAGUCGCCAUCUGCGAGAUGGUCUUUGCCAUCAUUUUCUUCAUUGUCUUCAUGAUGGAGCUGGACAAACAGUUCCUGGUGGUGAAUUGGCUCUGGAGCGAUCUUAUUCGUGCAGUAAUCGGUGCAGCACUGUAUCUCAUUACCUCUCUGAUCUGUGUGAUCGGCGGAUCUGGGGACGGGGCUCGCAUUGCUGGCGGGGUAUUCGGGCUGCUGGCUGGGAUCUUGUUUGCUUAUGAUUCCUACACAAUUUUCUUGAACAUCAAGAGCAGCAGACAGCAUUCAUCUGCUCCCACAGGUCGCUGAAGGCCGUCUGGGAUGUUUACGACUGACAUUUGGCAUUUGAGCCAAACAGUGACGCCAGUGGCAACACUGGUAUCUCACCCAAAGCUAUGCCGUCUCACAUGUCCGCUCUUAAUGUGGUGUAACUAUAACAACUUAACCUGACUAACUAUUCCCCAGUUAUUUAUGUUGCGUCUCCCUUUUUGUUUUCUCUCUUUGUUUUUUAACAGAUGACACAGUUUGAAACUACUUUGCUCACUACAACAUUAACAGCAACCAAAACAUGGAGAACGAGUCUAAAAAAGGCAAAAGGAGUGAAUUCCUGAGAGUUAUCGCAAAGUUACCACGAGAGAUUGAAGACCAGAGGAAUGCAAAAGGGACGAAACAUUACACAGCAAAAGUGGAGUGAAAAUGAAGGUGGCUUUCGUUACCACAAUUUUUAUGUCAGCUUGGUCAAAAAGCACUAUCACAACAUUUAUUUCAUUAGAAAAGGGCUAAUGAAUCAAAUAAAUCUGACAUUUUGAAUACACUGUUCAAAAGAGUUUCAAAGUCAGUCUGCAAGACAAGUUUUGACCAAGUCAUUUUAAAACAAAGUCAUCAUUAGUAAGUUGUGUUGGAAAACUUGAUUUAAUUCAGUCUGGUGCUGUUUUUUUUAUGAUGAAACAUUAAGGUUGCUUUUGUUUGUAAUUUGUAACUGAAACUAAAUUCUAUUAACUUCUGAUUGUUCUUAUGUUUAAAAUAAGUUAAUUCAAACAGGAUUUGAGUCAGAUUUAUUGAACUCAGGUGCAGUCAAGAAAGUCAAUGGUGGUACAAUUUGUACUUUAACAAGAUGAGAUGUCCAUUUGUUGGUUGAAAAUGUUCAUUUUAUUUAAUCUUUCUUGCAUAUCGCAAUGUAACCUGUUACCUCAAGGGUUGCUCAUUAUCUUGAUGCCAUAAAUGUUUUUAUUCUAAUAAUAAACUGGUCAUAUAUAUAUAUUAGAUAUAUCUUCAUUUACAGCCUCUGUUCCAUUGAACCCUGCUGAGUAAUGUAGAGUAAGACUAAAACAGCACUCACAGUUUGUCAGUUGCUCAUUCAUGAUUUAUAAAAAUCUGUUUAUUCAACUGUAUAAUUAGAUUUUUUCUCACGUGCCUUAAAAGAGAUUAUUCAAGAGUAUUUGGAUUUAAAUAACACCUUAUCAACACCGCUUCUGGGACAGGAAAAUAUUGGUUUUUGGUCAAAUAUCAGAGGUUUGUUCAAGUUAGAGAUUCAUGGAUCUGUGGUUUUAGUACAACAAUAACUUGACAUGCUUUGUUUAGACAAGUUUUUUUUUUUUUUGGAAACCAUUUGUAACCAUUUAGAAAUUAUAUAUUCCAGUUAGUUGAAGACAGUUUUUGUUUUUGCAGUUUCAGCUCUGCCCCAGUGAUUUCUUGACAGCAUUUAUUUGUGAGAUGGUCAGAAAUGCCAUGAUUAACUCAGGAUGCUCUGCUGUUUCAAAACACUUUUAAAGAAA